AUGCGCGCCCGUUGGUCUUGUUGUCCGUUGUGUGUCACGCAUGUUUUUGUGGCGUUUGCCGUUAGUGCGCUGCUUGCCGGGCUGGCCGCGGGCAUCUUCCCGUGCCUGGUAUCCUCCGGUGCCGGUACCAAAGGGGCCUGGCAUGUUUUUGACAUGUUCCUCCGCGGUCGGUCCGCACUCGGCAGCCAUGGAUAGGAAAUAUGUCAUGGAUACGGUGUCGGGAGGUUCUGAGACGUUCCGAGGCAUUUCGAUGUUCUACCGUGCGGUGACGUGGAGGUCGAUUUCCGCUCGAUUUCCGCCGUCCGUAUGUGGACACAAGUGGGUACAAUUUGGACAAAAGUGGGUCGAAAUGUA